AUGGAGGAGGUGACGGAGGAGGUGAUGGAGGAGGUGACGGAGGAGGUGAUGGAGGAGGAGAUGGAGGAGGUGAUGGAGGAGGUGAUGGAGGAGGAGAUGGAGGAGGUGACGGAGGAGGUGAUGGAGGAGGUGACGGAGGAGGUGAUGGAGGAGGUGCUGGAGGAGGUGAUGGAGGAGGUGACGGAGGAAGUGAUGGAGGAGGUGCUGGAGGAGGUGAUGGAGGAGGGGAUGGAGGAGGAUGGAUGGAGGAGGUGA